AUCUAUACACAAUGGCUACAAGAUCAUGAUAGCCAACUCAAUAUUGAUAUCGACAUUCUGAAGCAGAAGACUGGGGUAACAGACACCCAGCUAGACAAAAGAAUUGAGCAUAAACAAUUGUGGAGCCUGGCUGGUUUACUUGGCAGCUAUGAUAAGUUUGUUUAUAGAAAGCCAGGGUUUGAUCUCAAUAAUGCCGAUAUAGCAGAUCUAGAGACCAUUGCCUCUAAGCGUAAUGGCAAUCAACUGGCCAUGUGUGAAGCUUUGAGAAAAUGGGAAAAUGUCAUCCGUGACUUCGCUUAUCGGUCGUUGUUGGAGAUUUUGAUUGGUUGUCGUGAAGGAGCUUUGGCUGACCAAGUGUGUAGGACUUUCAUCCAGUCACAAGCCAGUGAGCUGAAUAAAGAAGAGGCUGUGUCCUUGUCACCUGCACCAGGCACUACAACUGCUGACCUCAUAAAAGAAUUUGAUAGGAGGUUUAGGGAUCUACGAAAGAUAGCUCUCGAGGAGAUAACUGAGAAACGAAUACCUGUGACUGAGUUCCGCCAAACACUCAUGAAUUUACCAUGCCCUAUCACAAAACGAAAACAAAGAUUUUAUCAUAUCGAAGUAUUUCUUGUUUGAAGAAGCUAAGUCAAACGAAAGCAUCUUUCUGCAUCUCAAUUUCUACUUAAGCUUUAUUGAUUUCAGCCUUCUUGAGCAUAUCAUAGAGCAAUUUGGUAGUGAUAGUCUGAAACGAGACAUGAGCAGCUAUGCAGAAGACAUGAGACAGUUCAGAAUGAAAACGCCCGUUAGCGAAGCACUUGACCAUCUUCCGAAAAUUUCAGAUCCUCCUGCAAAUCACUCUCGUCUAACAGUGAAGUUUGAUGUUGAUGUUCAGACUGCAACUCUUGAAAAUCUAGAGACGUACAGGAAACGUUUUGCUAGUGAUUUCUUGCUCUCCCAGCUAGCCCUUUCUUUGUUUGACCUUCAGGAGAGCUCACUACUGGUUACAUGGCUAGUUCCUGCUGCUGUAGGAGCAAUGAUCAGUGAUCAAGUGCAGAAAAAGUCUUCGUUCUGUUUAAGCAACAAUAUUCUCAAGCUAUCACUUGAAGGAGAAUGUCUCUAUCCAAUGACAAAGGUUAGUCAAUCAGGUCAAUCAGGAUCUGGUAGUCCUAUGAUUGAAGCUGGAGCUGUGACCUCUCUUAAACCACAUCAAAGGAUAGCAGAUGAAAUGAAGCGAACAAUCAAUCUCGGACCUAAUCAUCGUGGACUGGUUAUUGUUGUAUUAUCGUUGUUGGACCUAACGGACGUGCUCACGAGGAAAUUGAGAUUUGCUGUUUACGAGCCUCGAGAUAUACUAUCCCUAAAGUCACACAUGCAAGCUGUAGAUCUUGUGGAGCUGAAACACCAUCCCAUAAUAGUGAUGGUAUCUGGAGUUGGAAGGGAUAAUCUUAUUUUGCUCACUGAAUGUGGUUACAUCAACAUCAAGGAAGAUAUUAUAGCACCACUAUUCCCUCCUAUGGCCACACACCUUGCUGACAACCCAAAGAUAUUCCUGUUUAUUAUUUCAAACUUUUCUGAACCUCUACAUUUCAUUGAACCAUUCGGGCAAAAUUACAUUGUUGGUUAUAUUGCAUGCGAUGAUCUCGGUGAUAGGUUGAGGGUGACACGCAUCGUAGAGGACAAACUGGCACACCCUUCUAUAUCUGUGCAAGAGAUCUUUACUUCAAUUAGCGACAAGCUUCCACACACUGCUACCAUGACUGUGAUCGACCAUCUCAAGGAGCCAGUCUACUUGCAUCCUCGUAGAUCUGAUCUAAUGGAAACUCACAGCGGAUCACAAGAGGAGUCCGAUACUCUAUCACGUCUAGGUGGACUAUCAAUCGUUGAGCAAUCACAUCUACUGGAACAACCAACUAAGAAGCUCAAGACUGAACUAUCACCUGAGUCAACACGACAGAACCAACGGUAACUUGUUCGAAAUGAACUCGUACUCUUGAGGCAUUCAGGAGGUUCUUCACAUGGUUAAAGGCUUGUUGUUGUUUUGAACCCCAUUUCCACUUCUUCUUCUUCUGGA